AUGAUCUAUACUCCGAAGAAAAGAAAGUCUCACGACGAUGGCAAAAAAACUCCUAUCAUCACCAUCGCUGUGUCGUGCUGCGGCCCGAGCAACUUUGGGCAGAACCCUGGGCACAAGAUUCAUCUACUGCAGUCACCUUUCCUGGCGCUUUAUCUGAUUCUCCUGCCUAAGACGAUCCCAUCUCCAACGCACGGUCGAACCCGUGAGGCCAUCGACGGCAGGAACCUGAUCGCCUAUUCGGAUGGCAGUUAUGCCUGGUUGGAUAUGUGGUUUGCAGCCAACGUUUGGAAGAGCUUCACCACCGACAACGGAGAUAAGCUCAUCGAUAUCGAAUUUUCUAAACCUUUGCUUGCUGCGGUGUCGCACACAGGGCUUUGCCACAUUUGGAACAUCGACGCCUCUCAGUCACCACCUUUCCCGUUGAAGUUUCCGGGUCAGCACCAGCGCAUCCUGAUCAAAUGGACCAAGGUUGUGAUCCAAUAUGGUGAACACAUCCAGCACUGGUGCUAUGACACGAAGAUUGUUCGGGAGAUAGAAACUACAUUGUUCGUUGCCGCCGUGGAUCCUCACCCUUCAGAGGACCAGGGGUUGAAUAGCAUUAAUGGGUGGUGCCAACGUUCUUCGCACAACCAGCCCAUGCCGAAAUCUAUUUUCGCCGGGCGAGUGAUCGAUCUCGAUUAUCUGGACACUUGUGGGAUACACUAUACGGGCCAUGGUAGCAUGAUGCUGAUCCAUGGGCGUUACCACCCGGAAGGUGGCACCUGGGAUGAUGGCGUAUGCUGCGUCUCCCUUGAACCCGACGGACGAGUCGCUUUCCACACAAUGCCGCGAGACUGCGCCGAGGACGUCGAGCCCGAGCAAGGUAUACUCUAUGCCUCUGGGAUCAAAGACUCCCCCAAACAGUUUGCAAUUCUCAAGUCCAGAACCAUGACGGACGCUUCUAGCUCGUUUGUGUGGUAUGACUGGUAUGUCCAUCGCACGCAUCUAGUUGAGCGGCAUCAAUGGAUCAAGGGUGACGCUGAAUUCAUGAUCCUUUUGACCACAAGAAAUUGGAGUCUGGAAUAUGGGUAA